AUGGUUUUCCGAGACCUGUGGAGAAGGAGUGAAACAGAAUUUCAGCAGAAUUCCAAUCUGGCCGGUGAUGUCAGCAGCAGCAAAUCCAUUGUAACGUUACUCAAGGGAGGCAGCGUCAACGCAGGCAUCCCGCCCGCUGGCCCGCGCCCCGGCUCCCAGACUGAGUCAGGGGGCGAGACCCAGUGGAGUCUGGAGCUUUCUCGGCCAGGACACCAGAAGAGCCUGGAAUAUUCCGGGGCCGGCUGCCCCGCGGAGCGCGCUGAUUGGCUCCGCGGGGAGAAGGCGGGGCUUGGAGGCGACGUUAAAAGCGCAGCGGCCCCGGCCUCGCACACGGGCAAGGCCAACAAGAUCACCAUCACCAACGACAAGGGCCGCCUGAGCAAGGAGGAGAUCGAGCGCAUGGUGCAGGAGGCCGAGAAGUACAAGGCCGAGGAUGAGGUGCAGCGCGAGAAGGUGUCCGCCAAGAACGCCCUGGAGUCCUACGCCUUCAACAUGAAGAGUGCCGUGGAGGACGAGGGGCUCAAGGGCAAGAUCAGCGAGGCCGACAAGAAGAAGGUGCUGGAUAAGUGCCAGGAGGUGAUCUCCUGGCUCGACGCCAACUCCCUGGCCGAGAAGGAGGAGUUUGAGCACAAGCGGAAGGAGCUGGAGCAGGUGUGCAACCCCAUCAUCACUGGCCUCUACCAGGGGGCAGGGGGCCCCGGGGCCGGGGGCUUUGGGGCUCAGGCUCCCCACGGUGCCUCUGGCUCUGGCCCCACCAUUGAGGAAGUGGAUUAGAGACAGGACACUUGUCUCUUGUGUUCCUGUACGAACUCAAGACUUUGCAUUGACUUUUAUUGCUUCCUCCCUCAAAUUUAUACGUUGGUUGAAUGUUGAAUUGUAUCUUUAUACUGAAGUGAUGAACAUGCUCUAUUUUCCAGGUUUCCAAAAAUAAAAAUAAAUUUAUACUCCCA